AUGGCGGAAAUAUCACUUUAUCAAACGAAGUAUUUUACAAACUGGAUUGUUGGGAGUUAUGUGGAUACUCCUAUGGAUCCGACUUUGAAAUCCAGUAAGGAUGAUCUCUUGCUCUUUGAAAAUCCAGAGAGGUCUAAAAGUUUUGUUAGAAAUCUUAUCUAUCUGACUAUAACCCGACUAAAUCUAACCCUUGCUCUUGGAUUUGUUAGUCAAUACAUGCAAAAUCCAAGACAAGAUCACCAAGAGGCUUUUUGUUCUAUCUUGAGGCAUCCCAAAAAACUCCAGGCUAGAAAAAAGGGCAUUCAUAGGAUAUUCUUUAUGCGUGGCUGCGAAUAUCUUGACUAUCGAUAUCAAGUUUGGGAUCAUAUGAAGACGUUGAGGAAGGGCAAGUCCAUUCAUGAGCUUUCGGACUUGAAAUCUAAGAUAGUAAACAAAAAAACUCCAGUGAAGCAGCUUCGUGACCUUGGGUUUGAAGAUUUUGAAAUCGUUGGCCUUGGAUUUGUUAUUGGCUGUAAAACAAAAGCUAAAGCUAAAAACACGUGA